CUUGAAACUUCAACUCAUCAUUCUGGCCGCGUUUCUUCCAUGUUUAACCGUCACACGUACCGAAUGCUGCAAAAUCCAUUCUACCGUGUUCAUUUCAGAAACUUGCUGGUAAUUAAUGGUAGACGUCCGUUUGCCAAUGCGAGAGCGUCUAGAUAUCCCAUGUAACGUGGAGUGUACGCCAGGUGUCCUCAGCAGCACUAGGUUUCCCUUGCUUUGACAUCUGCUAUGCGCCUGUCCAUCAUCCUUGCUCUUGCCCUUUCCUCAACCCUUCGAGCUCUGGCCGCGCCCGUCGACGACUGGGUCCGAACGCUCACUCAAGUUUCUGAAAGCGAUAUAAGCAGCUGGAAUCCGUACACCCAAUUCGCAAGGGCGACGUACUGUGCACCAAGCCAAGUUGAAGGGUGGAACUGCGGAGAACCAUGUGAUGCAGUACCCGGAUUCCAGCUCACUCUCGCUGAAGGCGACGGCGGCGGCGUCCAGUAUUAUUACGUUGGGUACUGGCCCGCGAACAACGCCGUUGUGGUGGCACACCAAGGAACGGAUCCGUUUAAAUUCCAAGCCGACCUCACCGAUGCCAAUAUUCUGAAGACAAACCUCGACCCGGUUCUGUUCCCUGGCGUUCCCAGUGACGUCCUCGUGCACGAGGGCUUUGCUCAUGAGCACGCCAAGACCGCCCAGAUCAUCCUUGCCGAGGUUCAAAACCUCAUCUUGAAGCAUUCUGCGACUGAGGUCAUCCUCGUCGGCCACUCGCUCGGCGCCGCGCUCGCGGAGCUUGAGUGCCUCUACAUGACGCUCAACCUACCUUCAGAUAUUCAUGUCAAGGGCCAGACGUACGGUACUCCACGCGUCGGGAACCCAGCAUAUGCUUCGCUCUUCGACAGCAAGGUCCCCGACUUCGUCCGCAUCAACCACGCGCGAGACCCCGUCCCUAUCCUCUCGGGCGAAUUCUUGGGGUUCUCCCACGUCCAAGGCGAAAUCCACAUAGUCUCGGAGUCUGCAUCUGGGGUGGGCGAUGUCGCCUACGAGUGCCCUGGAGAUGACGGCGCCACGGACGAGGAGUGCACAAUUCGGACUGUUCCCAAUGUGUUCGUCGGGAACUUGCUGGAUCACCUUGGGCCUUAUCCGGGGAACCUCUACAUGGGUACUUAUUACUGCAGAUGAGCUGC